CAUACUACAUACUCAGUUUCAAGUUAUAUAUUCAAAGGUUAUGCAAUUCUGCGGUGACACGAAUCCGGCUAAUUUAUGUUCCGUAUUAAUUGUUUAUUUAUAUGAGGAUUAACGUAAAAUAAUUAAACAUGAAAACUGCGCCUGAUCCAAAAGACGUUCAGGAAUUUUUAUUCAAACAAUCGCAUACUUCCCAAAUUUUAGAUGCAUUUACGUCUGUACCAAUUGCUUGCAGUUUAUUGACUGCAGAUAAAAAGAGAGGAUUAUUAUACGUAGGUCAAAGCAAUAAGAUAAUCGUUUUAAAACCUGGCCAAGAUAAUGAACCGGAGUGGAAGCUGGAGUUGAAUAUAGCGGUAGCUGUAUCCAAAUUAAUGGUUAAUUGUGAUUGCUCUUAUUUAGCAGUGGCACCUCACGGACCAUUAAUUUUAAUUUACGAUGUACAGGCACUUUUGGCAAAUAGCGUACAAUUAUUAUACGAAAUUAGGAUUUCUACAUCAAACAGCGAUGUAUUUGUAAACGAUCUACGAUGGAAUCCCACUAUACCAGGAAUGCUGUGUACAGUAGCUAGCGAUUACACAGUUGGUAGUUUUAAAAUAAAAGAAAAGAAGGAAAAAAGUAUAGAGUUGAAAGCUUUAGAAAAAUUUAACGACUUGGAUGUUUUGUGCGCAGCAUGGAGUCCUAAAGGAAAGCAAAUAGUAGUAGGUUGCAAAAAUGGAAGUAUCGUGCAAUUUAAACCCGAUCUGAAAGUUGCAAGAACAAUUCCUGGUCCUGAUCUGUACAUCGGAGAGGUUAUUGGUAUUUUAUGGAUCAGCAAUUAUCAGUUUUGCGCUGCUUAUUUAGGUAGCGAACAGAAACUUAAUGUUCUAAUAAUCGAUGCUCCUAAAGGUGAAACAAAUGCCAUUUUUACCAGCUAUGAAGAUAUCACUUAUGGAAUAACAGAUACAACGGAGGAAGGAAUAAUACCACGUUAUUACUUUGAUCAUGUACCAGAAUGGGGUUUAAUCAUUGCUGCUAGUAGUAACAGUAGCGAAGUGGCGGUUUUGGGAUCUACGGACGGAGGAGUUACUUGGAGUCAGUGGCAAUUGGUUGACAGUGGCAGGGCUGAAUUACCAUUGAUCUGUACUACGGAAAGUUAUCCAGUUGGUUUAGCUAUCGACAAAUCUUCUGUUCGAAAAUUACCAUGGGGCGCCGAGUCCACCUUACCUUAUCCAGUUCCUAUGCUUCAUAUCCUUUCAACAUCCGGACAAUUAUGUACCUUCCAUAUGGUAAAUCUGAUUCCUAAUUGUCCUGACAUUAAUUCCCCGCCUACAGAAAUAGUUGCACCUCCCUUGCAUUUACUACAGUCGAAUGUUAAUUUAUCCGAAACGUCUAUCGUUAUGAAUGGUUUAAUAACUAGUACCCCACGCCCUAAACAACCAGAAAAUAUUCCUGAACGUCCGAAACCAAUUCCUACGAGAAAUAUUUUUGACAAAUCUAUCGAAGGGAAUAGUUUUUUUCCACAAUCCACAGCUGAGAAGCCUAAACAAUUGGAACAGAAAUCCGAAAGUGCUAGCAGAGAAAUGAUGAAAAUGGAGCCGGUCAAUGAAACUGUAAAGUCAGAUAUGAAAUUGGCGGUGGUACCGAUGAAGGAAGGAGUUUCGCAAGAAUCCGUGAAACAGAAACCGUCCGCAGAUGAGGAUGGUACAGAUAUCCGUGCUUAUAUAGAGGAGCAUAAUUUAUUUGAAAAAGAAUUGCGUAACAAAUUGGAACGACAGACAUGGGAAUGUGGUACCGAAGAAGAACGUCGAAAACUAGUCGAAACAUCUGUUAUAAUAGAUCAGUUUCUUCGAGAAUUGAGAGAAACAACAAACAGUUUAUCCAGUGACAUUUCAUAUUUGAAGGCAUUACUGUUACAGUCAUUUGCUUGGGUCGAAGAAACCAAGUCAAAAAAUGCAGCUACUAACGACGUUACAACUCGAAAUUGUGGAGAUACUAAUAAGAUAUCUGAUUUACAAAAACUUUAUUAUUAUACUCGCACGCAAGUUAGUCAAGCUAGUAAAAUUUUGGAUUUAGAAUGGUCGAAUCAUAAGUCUGAAGAGAUGUCGCGAAUGAAAAUUCCACAUCUCGAGUUUGUUUAUCAAAAUCUGAUAUUGCAUAAUAAGAUAAUACAAGAAGAGAAGAGCAAAUUGGAACAUCUUAAGAAACGAUGGAAAUUAAUUACUCGUAACAACAACAUAUUUGGAUUAAAUCGUUCGUUAUCUAAUUUAAGUAUCACGUCGUCUAAAUCAUCGACUUCGCUUCCAAGAAAUGCAGGAGUAAUAGAGGCGCGUUGCAAGGCUAUCGCUUCCAAGACUUUAACUUUUACUCAAGAGAAAGAAAUUAAAUUAAGGGAACAUUUGUCUGUUUCUUCUCCAAGGAUUAUAAAACCCGUCAAUCCUUCACCAAUUCAACACCGUUUGGAAGCAACUUUAUCCUCUUUAUCUUCUCUUGAUACGACAGUUGCCGAUACCAAGAAUAAAACGGAACAUUCUGUUUUAAAGCAGAUCACACCUAGUAAACCAGUAGCAGCAGCUGCCGAGAAACCGAAACAACAAAGUCCGUUAGCUUCUUUAAAUAGCAUCGUAGCAAGAAUUGGUACAAGUGAAACUUGUAAUAAUGUAUCAACGCAAAACAAGCAACUUAACUUUAGUAUUAAUUUUCCGGCACCGACAUCUGGAAAUAAACUUUCACAGGUAGAGAAAAAAUCAACUGUACCAAUAACAUCAUCUACGGUAUCUCAAAGUGGUAAGCCAAAGCAAGAUACUGUACUACCAUUCGGUCAAGUUAAUUCUUCUGCUCAGCAGUAUUUACCUAAUUUGACAAAAUCUUUCGCCAAAGUGAACACAAUUACGUUUGGUACACCGGCGCAAAAAUCUGAAGAUAAUACUGCAGAAAAAUCAUCUGCACUAGUAGAGUCUGGUACAAAAUCUGGAAAAGAAAAUGUACCAAGCGAUUCCUUUAAGAUGGAAAACAAUUUAUUCGGCACUGGCACAUUAAAAAAUGUAUUAUCAGAAACCACAUCGGACCGGGUACAAGGAAUUUAUCCAAGUAAUUCGGUAAAAUUUAGAACGGCAGUAUUUACAACAACAACAACUACAACAACAACAUCGGUAAUACCAACCACAACAAAGAUUGAAGCAGCUACCACAUUUAGUUUUGCUACUGCAAAUACUGCUUCUGCUGUUGUCAAAAGUAUGUCGCAAAAUGCACUUACUACGCCACAAACAAGUGCACAGACAUUUUCUUUUGCUUUAAAACCUUCAAACGUUACUACUGCGUUCAAUUUAAAGAUGCCACCGGCAGCAGCAGCAACAACAACAACAACAACAACGGCAUCUCAAACGCAAGACUCAUUAAACGUAACAAAUUUAAUUGUAGGACUUGAAACAUCUAAUCAAACAGCUACUACUGUGUCUACCAGUAACGUUAGUGCCGAAGGAAAAUAUAACUAUAAACCUACGUUUGGAGCAUCUAGUUUUCAAAUGUUAUUGGGACAAAAUAAUACAUCUAGCAACAAUCAGAUUUCUAUAAGUCUUGUAAGUGGAACUCCUUCAAAAGAAACUAUUACUACUACAUCAUCGGUUACAAUUGAGAAUAUACUCUCUACGAAAUCAAAAGCACUCAGCCUUACAACAAGUUCUGUACAAGCUUCACCUGCAUCUUCUACUAGAUCCUUUUUUAACAGUCAGAUUAAUACUCCUAAUAUUUCUGUAUUUGGAGGAAUGCCAAGUUCGACACCAACUACUACUUUGCCUGGCAUUCAGAUUACAACCAGUUCAUCUAUUCCAAUAUUUGGUGGUUUUACAACCGCGUCAAUAACAAGCACAGCAACUACAAUGGUAACAACUUCCAACACAGUAUCAUCUCCAUUUCAGAGUUCUUUAACGAAACCUACUUUUGGCGAAAUUGCAACGAAUUUAUCAACAGUAUCAGCUGCUGCUACUACUAUUACUAGUACUACUACUACUACUACUACUACAACUACUACUACUACUACUACUACUCCUGUUACUACCGCUACUACUGCUACUACCACCGCCGCCACCACCACCACCACCACCACCACCACGUCUACACUUAAUUUUGGUAGUAUUACAACUGCUUCUUCAGUUGCUUCGGUUUUUGGUAAACCCGCUUCGACAAUGAAUACACAAUUUUCUACCACAUCGGUCGUUUCAUCGACUGCCAGUACUUUUGGAAAGUCAGUUAUUAGUCCUACUUCAAUGCCAUUUGGAAGUUCUACAAAUGCAUCCAUAUUCGGUCAGAUUCCAACAACUUCAACGAAUGCUUCAGUCUUUAGCGGAAGCGGUGCUACCUCGAUCUUUGGUGGAAAUACUCAGGCAUCACCAUCUGCUUCGAUCUUUGGAGGGGAUUCAUCGUCAGUAAAUACAUUUGGAACAUCCCAGAAAUCCAUUUUUGAUAAUAAUGCUCAAAAUUCAAUAUUCGGCUCAGCGUCAAACAGUGGAUCUACAUCUUUCUUUGGCGGAACCAUAAAUAAUACGACUCCAGGGGCAUCAUCGCCUGGUUCACCAUCUGUAUUUGGCGGUGGUACAGCUAAUAAUGCAUCACAAAUGGGUUUAGAACAACCUGCUUUCGGGCAAGCUCCUGCAUUUGGUGCUAAACCAGUUUUUGGAUCACCGCCUACGUUUGGAGCAUCAAAAUUGGCUGGUUUUAGCAGUGGAUUCGGAGCAACUGCAUUUGGAGCUAGUGCAUCGCCUCCAGCGUUUGGAAGUUUACCUGCAAUGGGUGGGACGACCCCUGCACCAGUUGAUAGCAGCACCAUGCCGAAAGUUUUUGGAAAUGUUGAUGGUAGCAACACGUUUGAAUCCUUAGCGAGUCAAUCGGGUGGUCUUAGUUUUAGUAGUUUAGCGCAAAAAAAUGUAGAAGCACCAAAAUCUCCAGUAUUUACCAGUGGGAGUUCGUUUUCCACCUGGCGGUAGUGUACGAAUGUUUGUUUAAAUCAAAUCGACUAAAUCAUUUCAUUAUUUUUAUAUGUAAAAAAGAAGAAAAAAAAGAAAAAGAAAAAGAAAAAGAAAA